AUGUCCAGCCCUAGCCAGAACCCGAACGCCUUGAUGCUGCUUGUGCAGCAGCUCCAGCAGGAGCUCCAGAACCAGCGAUCUGAGAUUAUCUCCCUACGCGAAAGCGUAGCCCAGCUGCAGAACCAGAUCCACCUGUCCCAGAACGCUGCUCAGACGCGAGCCCGAGUACGCUUACCAGACCCACCUAAAUUUGACGGUAAGCCGCACACGCUGCGCACUUGGCUACCAUCUAUCAGAGCCAAGCUCCGAUCAGACCAGCUCGAUGGAGCAGACGCCUUCGAUUACGUUUGGGACCGCCUUGAACAGCCUCAACAGGCUUCUAUCCUACACCUCCGCGAGCAAUCUGAAGAGGAUUCAGAUUGGGAUCCAGAACAGAUAUUUUCUCUUGAGAAGGAACAGCUUAAGAAAGACGAAGAUCUGAUUGUCAGAAUGAGAGAUCACUUGACACUGAUGCGAGAGGUUGUGGAUGGUACAAAGCGAAGAAAUGACUACUUGAAGGAGUCGAUACAAGUACAAGUCCAAAUGGUAUAUGCUCUUCUGGCGCAGCAAGAUAAUGCGCUGAACCACCGUUACGGAGCUGAUAUGCGGGUCAUUGCCGCUGUCACGCUUCUCUUCCUUCCUGGUACUUUCGUCGCCACGCUUUUCAGUCCGGGGAACCAAGGCCCCAAGGUAUCAUCAUGGGUCUGGCUUUACUGGGUCGUUACUGAAGCACCCCCAGAGCACGCUGAACGACUCGGUGACCGGCUUGCCGAGGGCAUUGAUUUUGGCUUCAUCCCUCAGGGCUUGCAGCAUGCCAUCAAGAACGACCUGGAAGUGGGCCGCUAA